GGUCGGGAAUGACGGUGGUGGGGAGGUGAUGGCGGAGGGAGCGAAUGUAUUGGACGAAGCGGUCUGUGGGACCGGUUUGGUGGAGGUGGAAGAAUUGUUCGAGGUAGUCGUCAAUGGUUUUCUGGGGGCGGAAGGUGGCAGCGAGAAGUUUGGCCCAUUGGAGGAAGGAGUGACGUGGUCCUCCAGAGGCUCGGCGGUUGCUGACUUCAGCCAUCCACCAUUUGGCGGCAUUGCCGAGGAGGCGGGAGGUGGCAAUGGGGAGCCAGUGGGCAAGGGGCAUGUGGUGGAGGUGAAAAGAGUUCUGGAGCAAGGUCAGGCAGAGGAUAAUGUCCUCGUGGGGGAGGCCGAAGAAGGACAUGAUUUCGCCGGAUCGGAAGGAACGGGGGAUUUCCCCGUCGCGGUGAACGAUCUGCGAGAGGGUGUUGAAGCUGAGGUUAUCGGGGGUGGUGUCGUAGSARGUGUGGUCGAUUUGGUUGUUGUCCUCAAGGAGGUGGUUGRGGGGGAGUUGUGGCAUUGCGGGGUAAACCCCCGAGGUGGCUUGGGAAUAGGUGGGACGGAUGGUGGGGAUGGUGGAGGUGGUCAUGAUGGGUUGGGAGAGGGAGGUGGAGGGAAUGGGACAAUGGUGGAGGUUAAAGGGUUGAUGGAUGUGGUGGUAGAGGUGGUAGGAGAGGAGGAGGUCGGCGGGGGGGUGUUGCUGGAGGCGGCUGUGGAGGAGGGAGUGGUUUGCACUGUGGAGGUGGGAGUGGUUUGCGCUGUGGAGGAGGGAGUGGUUUGCGCGGUGGUGACGACCGUGAUGGAGGGGAUGGUCCCUUCGAUCAUGGUGACGCGGUCGCAUAUGGACGACAUGUUGGCCUUUAUGUCGUCGAGAGAGGCGGUGACGAAGGUUCGGAGGGUGUUGAGUGCGUGGAGGAUGGCGGAGAGGUCGAGGGUGGCGGUGUUCGCUGGUGGUUGUUCGCCUGCGAGGUUGCGGGCGAUGCUAUCAAUUGAGUCGGUGCGGAUGUCAGACAUGUUGAUGGAGGAUGUGGCCAUGUCGGGGAAAGAGAGGGUGGAGGACGUGGCCUGAACGGGUGUGGAGGAUGCCGCAGCAACGGUGACGGCGGCAGUAGCGGCGGCGUCGGCGGCGACACGUUCUGAGUUAUUGGUUUGGCGUGGUGGCAUGUGGAGGGUGGGGGGAGAAUCCCUUAUUUAUUUAUCAAUAAAAUCAAAAAUAAAGAUAAUCGCCAUUUUUUUCAAAAAACAAACGCUGAACAGAAGA